AUGAAGAACGUAGUAGUGUUAUUGUUUUCUUGCAUGCUUGUUUUUGGGGUUGGUGUGUGCAGUGGAGGGAGUUUGAGGAAGAAUUUCUAUAAGAAAACUUGUCCAAAGGCAGAGGAGACGGUGAGAAAUUUCAUAUGGGGGCAGCUCUCUAAUGGCAAUAACUCUGCAUUGCCUGCGAAGUUGCUCAGGAUGCAUUUUCACGAUUGCUUUGUGAGGGGAUGCGAUGCCUCCAUCUUGUUGAACUCGACGAGCAAUAGCACAGCAGAGAAGGACGCGGGUCCCAACCAAAGCCUGACCGGGUUUGACAUCUUGGACCGACUCAAGGCCCUCAUCGAGUCCCAAUGCUUGAAUACAGUCUCAUGCGCCGACAUUCUCGCUCUGGCCGCCCGUGAUGCAGUCUCCUUCCAGUAUAAGCAGUCACUGUGGGAAGUUUUGACGGGAAGGAGGGAUGGGAAUGUAUCCCUAGCAUCUGAAGUGGGUCCAAAUAUACCUUCACCAGCCUCAAACUUAACUGUUCUUCGCCAAAACUUUGCAAACAAAAAACUCACAGAAAAGGACCUCGUUGUCUUAUCAGGGGCACAUACCAUCGGAGUUGCACACUGUGGUACCUUCAAUAGAAGGCUUUACAACUUCACUAGAAAAGGCGAUGCGGAUCCUCAACUCAACCCAAUGUAUGCAGAUUUUCUCAGAACAAAGUGCAAAAGCCUAACUGACACCAAUACCCCAGUCGAGAUGGACCCAGGAAGCUCCUCGUUUUUCAGUAGCCAUUACUACUUGAUUCUUCAGCAACACAUGGGGUUGUUCCAAUCAGAUGCAGCACUCCUGACUGAUGAGGACUCGGGCAGAAUAGCAAAUGAAUUGAUGGACAAGGAAACUUUCUUUGAGGAAUUUCAAUCAUCAAUUAUGAAGAUGGGUGCCAUUGGAGUACUUAACGAAAAUGAAGGAGAAAUAAGGAAGAUAUGCAGCAUGGCGAAUUCCUAAAGC